UUCUCUUUAGUGAUGCCACAGGCAGAGAAAGGUAUUUAUACUUGUGAAGAGCUUGACAGACAGACUAGUGUUCAGCACAGGACUUUUGACCUUCAGCUGGUGAAUGUGAUAGGAUCUCACAAUGAAUACCUCUUGGAGGGUGAGACGCUAGAACUUACAAUGAAUUCCUCUGACACAGUGUCUAGCAUGAAGAUUGAAUGGUUUGGCCCCCGCAAGACCAAAGUAAAAGGCAGCAAGCAACGGUGGACUCUGGAAAACAAUGAUCGGAUCCUGCGGAUAAGGAAUCUUACCGUUCAGGAGGACAACGGGAUGUGGGAAUGUCACAUCCUGCCCUCUGGGCCCAUCCUGUUCUAUGAUGUCAAGGUGAUAGGCUUUCUCAAAGCACUGGAUGUAGAGAUGAUGUUUGCCGCUGUUAAUAGCAGUGUGAUCCUCUCAUACGAGCUGAAUGCUAACCUCCAACAGGCAAAGAGGCUGCCAGAAAGCUCUGUAUUGAUUUGGAAACCAACGGAGGAUACAAUGGCUCCAGGGACGAAGAUCCCAGUCAUUGCCAACAGCUCCUAUGUUGUCAAAAAUAUAUCCAAUGUCCACUUUGAGAAUGCUGGAUGGUAUCAGUGUCAGCUGAAAUUUAGACAUGGGUAUCUGAAUAAGACCAUCCACUUGGUUGUAAUGAAGGUCUCUGCCCAGCCAAUCAGGCCUCUCACAGAAGAAGGGGAUGUGACCCUGUGCUGUCAGGUCUCUGCUCCUUUCCCUCCCAUGGCUCUCCUGCGCUGGGAGCACAUGAAUGACACCAAAGAGGCUCCUAACCCUGCAGAGAACAAAUUUUGUUUCCAAACCAGAACUGUAGGACUGUGGAAUUGCAGACUCCUUGUGAAAAAUGAACUGAAGAUUAGUCUUAACUACACUGUGGAGAAGCCCCCAUCUACAGAGAAGGAAUUCCCACUACUCCAAGUGGUCCUUGGAGCUGGUGUGCCACUGCUACUGCUGAUUCUCACCAGCGUGUUUGUGGCCUUUUGCAAAAUUAUUAAACAGAAAAGGCAGCGGGCAAGGAGGAUGGUCCUGGCUAAACAGCACUUGCUUGCAAAGAGGACUUGUCAAUGUCAGAAGUCACUGACAAAUGAUUAUUAUCAUGCCUGAGACAGAAAGGCAAAUGUGUCAAUUGACAGCCAUUCGUGGGGCUUGAUUAUUUUCUACUUUUCCUCCAUAUCUUAAGAUGUACUCUGUACAUUAGUAUGCACUUAACAUCCACUAUGUUCACAAGUACUCUGCGACCAAGAUAGACAUAGUGAGUGUCAGAGUGAAUGCAAAAGCCUCUUGCUUAAAUGCAUGAUCUAAGUUUCUCCUAAAUAAUUAAUCACUUGCACAUAUAAUUUUGCACAGCAGAUUUCACCCAAACGCUCCAGAUCUGUUCAACUGAUCCUCACCAAUGGUGUGAUUCAAAAUUCCACGGAGUGCAGGCAGUCAUUAAUGUCUUAAUUUUAAUAAGCAGGAGUCAUGGCUCUUGGAAUCCUUGUUUCCUUGUAAUACUCAGAGCUGCCUGACCCUAAACAGCCCAGCCCCUCUGUAAUGUUGCCAGCAGCUGAGGCCACAGCAGCUGGAAGGGCUCUGUCCACUUGGGCUUAUUGUGAUAUCAGAGCAGAUCAACCACACCUGUCGGUUAUGAAUAUGCCAACCGUAUAUAUUUAUAUUACAUUUACUCAGUUUAAACAAGCACAUCCAUCUGUAAUUGGGAAAGUUGACAUAGUUUCCCUACUAUAUUAAUCAUCUGCUUCCAGUGACUUCUGACAUCGUUUCCCUACCCAUAUUUGAAAUCUUGCCAUAUUUUGGAAUAUUGCAAUGCGUGAGGGCCAAUAAAUGACCGUGGACUCGUGGCUUUUUAAUGUGGGGAAGAGUCAGUUGUGAAUAUGAGAUUUGUCCAGAGGCUCCUAAUUAGAAAUAUUGUGGUAGUGAAGCCCAAGGGUACACAGUGGGGUGCAGAUGAAAUAACUUAAUGCAAUACGGCAAAAUCCUGAGUAGAAGAAAUCUAGAAGGGCCAAACUGAACAUGAUGCGUGCCUUUCCAUCUUUUAGCAAUAGCAGUAGCAAUAGCACUUACAUUUAUAUACCGCUCUAUAGCUGGAAGCUCUCUAAGCGGUUUACAAUGAUUUAGCAUAUUGCCCUCCAACAUUCUGGGUACUGACCUCGGAAGGAUGGAAGGCUGAGUCAACCUUGAGCCCCUGGUCAGGAUCGAACUUGUAACCUUCUGGUUACAGGGCGGCAGUUUUACCACUGUGCCACCAGGGGCUCUUCUGGGAAAUUUCCCUGUAUUCUCUUUUAUGCAUUUUUUUUUAAGCAGCUACACAGCACUGGCCCAUGGUGGUGGUGGGAUGGUGUGUUAACCCUGUCUGCUUGGCCAUGGUCCUUUCCCUGGAAGGGAAGGUGCUAUUGGUGCCAGUGGCAACUUCCCUUCCAGAGCAAAGAGCAGCUGCAGAGGCUGUUUGAGGACUGCUGCACAAGGAGAAAGGGUCACCCCUCCCUACAUGCCAGUCCCCAUGUGGAUGGUUUGCUUGUGUGUGUGUGUGUAAGUAAAGAUAGCAGGCCCAUCAGCUGAGCCCCGAUGUAAUGUUAAUAAAAUGUAAAGUUAAUAAAAACUCUAAUAGGUGUCAAGAUCUGGUUGACAGAGACUAGGGACGGGGACUUCUUGGCUGUGGCUGGUCAGUUUCGGCAUGCCCUCCCAGCUGAGUUUUGCCAUGCUCCCUCCCUCUCCUCAUUUUUAAGAAACAAUUGAAAAUCCAUCUUUUUAGAGAGGCUUUUAAGUUUUUUUAUUCUUUGUCAUUUCCAGGAAGCUUUUAAUCUGUAGAUCUGAUUUUAACUGGGUCUAGUUUUUAACUGAAUUUUAUUAAUUUUGUAUUGUUUUAUCUGUUUUAUUGUUUUAUUGCCUUUUUGAGCCGCCCUGAUUAGGAUCGUGCUGGAAGGACAGGAUAUAAAUAUUGUUUUAAAAAUGAAAUAAACAAAUAAUCAGUUACUCCAGUAGCCAGGACUGGCCAAAGUCCUGGAAGGGCGAAGCAGGGUGGUCUUACAGAGCAAUUGGACAGAAUGCUGCCAGCAUCAUUUCUGUAUAUACCUUUGAAAGAAGGCUACAGGUUGUGGCGUGUUUCUUCUUUUUCUUCUUGUCAGAGUUGAGAAUCCAGGCAGGGACUGGCAUAACCUUGAGACAGCCAGUCCUCACCAGGGCUAGACUACAAAUAAAGCCCUAGGAAUGCUGGAGAUCCUUGUCUCAGGCUUGCCCCAUAUUACAAAGAUGCAUCUCUGUAGCCAUGUUGUAAACCAUUUCCCUGUAUUCAUUUUCCAAAUGCAAGCGGUGUGAUAACAGCUGUGGGAAAUGUAACCUAUACUACCUUGUGGUUCCUGCACUGCCAGGUUCACAUGAACAGAGAAGCAGUAAAUCUGGGACUAAAAUCUACCUUUGUUUAAUAUGUAUGCUUACAAGCCACAAAUACAAGGCAACACAACUAAGAUGGACCUGGCUACAGCUGCACAACGAUGAAGAGCCAGACCCGUCUUAUUUGUGCCACCCUGCAGUUCUUCUCUUGGCACUGCUGUUUACACAUAAUAAAAAUGUUACAUGUA